UGGGAAUUUCUAGCAGCCUAAGAACUCCGGCUAUAAAACCAGUAGCAAAAUGCAGGAUUUGACAUUUCAACAGCCGGAGUAGUCCACUUUCCAUUUCCAGUCAACUUUCCAUUAUCAGCCGUUUGCAGCUGUCAGAACUGAACUUCAUAUAGAGCAACAGAGAACUGAAAGGCUUUUUAUCAAGUUUAUUUUCUUGCCUCUGCUGAUUCCAUUUCAUCAAAAGAAAAAUGAUCUCACUUUUCUACUGCUCGCUAACUGCCUUUGUGCUGGCUGGGGUUCAAGGCUGGUCCUAUCACUAUUCAGACACCAACAUGACAUAUGAGGAUGCUAGGAAAUUCUGUCAAACUAGAUAUACUGCUUUAGUGGCUAUUCAAAACAGAGAAGAGAAUGACUACCUGAACAGCAUUCUUCCAUUCAACCCCGCCUACUACUGGAUCGGGAUACGUUUAAUCGAAAACCAAUGGACCUGGGAAGGAACCAAAAAGGUCUUGACGGAGGAGGCAAAGAACUGGGCCUUGAAUGAACCCAACAACAAGAAGAGUAAUGAGGACUGUGUGGAGAUGUACGUCAAAAGGGAAAAAGAUGGCGGAAAAUGGAAUGAUGAGCCUUGCAGAAAAAAAAAAGUGGCCUUGUGUUACACAGCUGCUUGUAGCCCUUCCUCCUGCAGUGGGCAUGGGGAAUGCAUCGAAACAAUCAACAAUUACACCUGCAGUUGCUAUGAAGGAUUUUAUGGCUCUGCAUGCGAGCACGUGCUAGAUUGUAAAAUGCCAAGCGUUCCAACCCAUGGUCACAUGAAUUGCAAUGGUCUUUCCGGGGAAGUCAUGUACAAUUCAAGCUGUGAAUUUUCAUGUGAUGAAGGAUUUGCUUUAACUGGAAACAAAGUGAUUCAGUGCAAAGAAGAAUGGAGUGGGCUGGUGCCACAGUGUGCAGUUGUGGACUGUCCACGCCUUGUAGUCCCAGAACUUGGUUCCAUGGAAUGUAAGGAUGAGUAUGGGAAAUUCCAGUACAAUUCAAAUUGUUCAUUUUCAUGCAAUGAGGGUUUCACCUUGACUGGGCCCAAUUCUCUGCAGUGCACCUCAUCUGGAUCUUGGAGCUCUGAUGUUCCUGCAUGUAAAGCUGUGGUCUGCCCAAGUAUCCCAGUGCCAGAACAUGGUUCCAUGAAGUGUGAAGAUGAUUAUGAAGAAUUUCAGUACAACUCAAAUUGUUCAUUUUCAUGCAAUGAGGGUUUCACCUUGGCUGGAUCUAAUUCUCUGCAGUGCACCUCAUCUGGAUCUUGGAGCUCAAAUGUCCCCACAUGUGAAGCUGUGGUUUGCCCACCUAUCACCUGCCCAGAACAUGGUUCCAAGGAGUGUGAGGAUGAUUUUGGAGAAUUCCAGUAUAACUCAAAUUGUUCAUUUUCAUGCAGUGAGGGUUUUAUCUUGACUGGGUCCAAUUCUCUGCAGUGCACCUCAUCUGGAUCUUGGAGCUCGGAUGUUCCUGCAUGUAAAGCUGUGGACUGUCCACACCUUGUAGUCCCAGAACUUGGUUCCAUGGAAUGUAAGGAUGAGCACGGGGAAUUCAAGUACAAUUCAAAUUGUUCAUUUUCAUGCAAGGAGGGUUUCACCUUGACUGAAUCCAAUUCUCUGCAGUGCACCUCAUCUGGAUCUUGGAGCUCUGAUGUUCCUGCAUGUAAAGCUGUGGUCUGCCCAAGUAUCCCAGUGCCAGAACAUGGUUCCAUGAAAUGUGAAGAUGAUUAUGAAGAAUUUCAGUACAACUCAAAAUGUUCAUUUUCAUGCAAUGAGGGUUUCAUCUUGGCUGGAUCCAAUUCUCUGCAGUGCACCUCAUCUGGAUCUUGGAGCUCAGAUGUCCCCACAUGCAAAGCUGUGGUCUGCCCAAGUAUCCCAUUGCCAGAACAUGGUUCCAAGGAGUGUGAGAAUGAUUAUGGAGAAUUCCAGUACAACUCAAAUUGUUCAUUUUCAUGCAGUGAGGGUUUCACCUUGACUGGGCCCAAUUCUCUGCAGUGCACCUCAUCUGGAUCUUGGAGCUCGGAUGUUCCUGCAUGUAAAGCUGUGGACUGCCCACACCUUGUAGUCCCAGAACUUGGUUCCAUGGAAUGUAAGGAUGAGUAUGGGAGAUUCCAGUACAACUCAAAUUGUUCAUUUUCAUGCAAGGAGGGUUUCACCUUGACUGGAUCCAAUUCUCUGCAGUGCAUCUCAUCUGGAUCUUGGGGCUCAGAUGUUCCCACGUGUGAAGCUGUAGCCUGUCCCGAUAUUCCAGUGCCAGAACACGGUUUCAUAAAAUGUGAGGAUGACUAUGGGAAAUUCCAGUACAACUCAAAUUGUUCAGUUUCAUGCAAUGAGGGUUUCUUCUUGACUGGGUCUGAUUCUCUAAAGUGUACAUCAUCUGGAUCUUGGAGCUCAGAUGUCCCUGCAUGUGAAGCUGUGCAGUGUGAGACUUUAAAAGACCCAGAAAAUGGCCAUGUAAAAUGCCCAGAAAAGUCAGAGUACAACUCCACCUGUUCAUAUACCUGUGCAGAAGGGUAUAACCUGGUUGGAUUAUCAGAAGUCCAAUGUUUAGCAUCUGGAGACUGGAUGUCCCCUCCACCCAUAUGUGAAGUUGUACAAUGUGCAUCUCUGAACAAUCCUGAAAAUGGCUGGGUUAAAUGCCAGGAGAAACCUUAUUAUAAAUCCAAGUGUACAUAUGGCUGUGCAGAGGGCUACACAUUGUCUGGAUCAUCAGAACACCAGUGUUUGUCAUCUGGAGAGUGGACAUCCUCUGCACCUACAUGCGAAGUAGUGGAAUGCAAAGUUCCUUUUAUUCCGGACAUGGGCAAAAUGAACUGUUCUCAUCCUUUUGGAGAUUUCAAAUAUGGCUCUGUCUGCAAAUUUGAAUGUGAGGGCGAUCGACUCUUGAAUGGGACCAAUACCCUCGAGUGUGAAAGUACCGGAACAUGGAGCUCAGAGGUCCCAACAUGUGAAGCCCCUAGAGUACCUGACUCUGGUGUGGUCAAUGUAGCAGUUGGAGUUGCAGCAACUGGAGCAUCCCUUCUAUCAGUCACUUCCCUCAUGAUCUGGCUUGUAAAGCGUCUUCGGAAAUCAGCAAAGAAAUUUACACCUUCAAGUAGCUGCCAGAAACUUGAAGAAGCUGGUGUUUAUCAAAAUAUAGAAGAUAAUAUUUAGAUGAUCACAUCACAUGACAAGCUCAGUGUUCCUAUACUUUGAAGAUUACUAAGUAACAUAUUGAAGAUGGAUUUAGUUGAUCAUUACCGGUUGGGUCAACCUUCCAGUUUCGUCACACCAAACGAAUACUAACUGCAGUGUAAAGUACUUCUGUCAUUAUUAUUAAUGAUAUCAAUAUCUUUCAUUUUGAAAUUCCAUAUUGUAGGUACCUACCACCUGUUCUAUCAUUUCUGAAAAGUUAAAGUUCAGUUGUCAUAAUCAUGAAUUGUAAACUGGUACAAUACUUUUAACUGGCAAGCAAGCUUCAUAUCUGGCAGCUGAUCCCUGAAUCCCUGAAUGCUAGCAAUAGCAAGACAUACAAAAAUAUGCAGUCUGACUUGAGUAUCCUAUUUAUAAUUGUGCAGGAUAAACUGCUGAACAUUUGUGAUAGAAGUGCUUGUCAAUAAUUUGUAAUGACAAAUAUUAUUACUUUGUAUUUUUACACACAAUCGUAAUGUUCAAAGACACAAUGUAAGGUAUCUGUUUGUAACAGUGCAGAAUAUAUUUUCUUCCCUAUGGGACAGAGUACAUUAAUGGUACAUGGAAAGUAGGGUUAUAAAAACCUUAAACUCAUUGCCAAGGGUUCAGACAAUCUUUAGAAAAAGACAUGGAGUCCAAACUAGUGUUAUAUAACCUUUUUUUUAUUGGAUGGGAACUAUCAAGUCAGGAUUAUAAACUGUGAGAUCAAGUACGUGGCAUUGAGUAAAUCAUGUAUCUGAUUUUAAUUACUGUUAUCUAAAAACUGGAAGUAUUAUAUUGUUGUAGGAGGAGACAAUCAUAGUGACUUACCUAAAAGAACUUGAGAACCUUAAAGAACUUCUAAUCUGCACAGUUUAACUGUCUUUUUUUAGUUCACUGGGGGUUUACUCAAAAUCAGAUUCAAAGAUGGGCAUUUUUUAGAUAUAUGGUUUUGGUCCUGCAGGCAAGAUCAAAGCAAUAGGUGAGUAAUCAUUCCAGAGAGAAAUGAUGUCCUCUAUUAUUGUGUAAGCUGCUUUAGAAUGAGGCAGUGUUUUAUGUUUUAUAUUAAUAUUAUUGAUGUCAUAUUUUAUAUAAUUUAUUUAAUGUAUAAGUCUUAAUAAAUAUUAUUAGUUUAUCAAUAAAGUUUUUUUUU